UCAAAUUCAAAUUCACCGUUUCGCCGUUCGGACGUAGUUUGCCCGCUGCGGCUUGAAUUUAGCUGCCAACAAAACGUUGGACGUUGUCGUGAAAAGUAAAUAAAACGAAGCGGCUGAACCAAUCAUUUUGCUGGGGAUCUUGCCACUGCUGUUGCAUUUGGUCAGUCGCUUUUGAGUUCUUUAAAAGUUUUGGUUUUCAAACUCGUCCGGCCAAAAAACACGGCGCGCUUGCUCCGCUCAGGUCCGCUCCGAUUCGCACUCGCAUUCGCCCCGAUCCGCCUCGAUCCAUACCGCUCGUCGACGGGCGCCCACUGCAAUUGUCGUUCGAAAGUGUCUCGCUCGGCCGAUCCAGCGGCGAUCCGAUCCGAUUCGAAACAACCAAACCAGUUACAAGCACUAAACUGCAAUUGCAAACAAUUGCAUUCUAUAAAGCAACUGACGUAGAAGGAACGUGAGAAAAUGCUUCAGUUGUGGAAUAGGAACUGGAGCUGGACACUGCUGUUGUUCUCGGCCCUGCUCCUACUCUCGGUGGCAAGUUCGGAGGAAUGCGGUCAGGAGGAGUUCUCCAAGUGCGCCGAACCACUUGAUAUGCUGCGUUUAACGUCGAACUUCACGAUUGGCCCGGCCAAGCGGGAGGAAUUGGAGGAACUUUGUCAUGAGCUGCGCAAGGGAGUGAGGUGCAUCCAAAGCUACACCCGACGUUGCAUGGAUCUGCAGCAGAGAAAUCAGUUCAACAAGCUCUACCAUGGAACCAACCAGCUCAUCAGGGAUCUGUGCAACAAGGGCAAGUUCCAGGAUGAGUACCUCAAGCACGUUCGCUGCUCCGCAAAAGCAAAAGACGAGCUCGAGGUGUGCUCCAAUCGCUACAAGGAGACCAUGGUGUUCCUGAAGCCGAACAAAAAUCAGGAGAACUCUGAGAAUGGAACUCUCAAUGACAACAUUAAAACCAUUUGCUGCUCCAUCAAAGAACUUGUGGAUUGUUCAGAAAAUGCCGCCCGAAAGAUAUGCGGCGAUGAGGCAGCCAAGUUCACGCGUGAACUGGUCGACAAAUAUGCGAACAGCCUGACCAAGAUCUACUGCAUGGACUUCAACCGAAAACCGGGCAGCUGCCGGGACUACGAGGGCAAUGGCUCUAGUCGACUAUGUCCGUGGAUGGGCAGUUUAAGCCUACUUCUAGCAGGGACAUUACUCACACUGCUGGUCAGCAGAGGCAACAGAUAGAUGGAAGAACUGCAGCUAAGUGCAAAUAUCUAGAAUCAGUCUUACCAAAACGGAAAUAUGGUCCGCAAUGAGGAGAGAAGAAGCAGAAAUAGUUAAGGUUUCCCCCAUCACACCGAAAGAAUUCCACACGCUGUUGCAUACUUUUGGCAGUCAGUUUAGGCCACACAAAUCCAUAGAAAAAUCCCUGAGAAAUCGAAGGAGUAAGCUAUAAAGUAAAGUACAUGUUAAGUAUGUUAUGUAUACCAGUAUGCAUAUAUAUAUAUAUAUAGGGGAUCGCAGAGGAGAGCAGUGUCAAGCAUCGCUAAGAUCGUAUAUAUACGGAUAUGUAUGUUACUAUAUAAAGGAUAUAGGCUAGCUAGUUAGAAUCAGUGUUGAGUGUGGCAGGCGGGUUAGUUGUUGUUGGCCUUACUUUCCAAUCGUCGUCGAUCGUGCAAUACUAGAGUUUCGUUGAGUUUGUUGCAGUUGUCCAGGCUUUAAGUGUAGGCAUAUUUUAGAUAAUACCCUUAAGUUUCACAAAUCGUUGUUAGCUGAGGUUAGAGCGCGCCCCUACCCACCUUUGUUUUCGUUUAACACUGGCAAUACCAACAAAACAUACUGAGCUGGAAGUAAGUAAGUGUCCCCAAAGGAUAAGGAAGUGCUGAAUCCGAAUUUGGCCAUAUCAGCCCAUCAACGUCUAUUAGGAACACAUUCCCCGGCAUUCCAGUAUAUUUGCAUAUGUCAAUUUUUGUUACCCAGUGCAAUCAGACAGGCACACACACCUCUAAGCGCACAAGAAAUAGUCCCUCGUGGACUUGCUCACAUAUCGGCAAUAACUUUACACAAACAAAAAGUGCAUUUCUAUGAAUGAGGAUUUUAUAAAUUAUUAUAAACUUAUUUAGUGGAUAGCGUAUAUUUAUUUAAAACACUGUAAAUACCUUUAAAAAUAUUCAAAUUCCGGAAAUAUGCAUACAAAAAAAAUAUUAGUUUUACUUAAAACACACACACACACACAAACCUACUUACAAAAACUGUGAAUAUAUAUUAUGAUUAAAGAGUAACAUUUAUUUUAAGUAAAACACACACAUGCAUAUGCGAAAAAAAAACAAUAAAAAACGAGAAAAUAAAUUAACGCAAAAAAA